AAUAGAAAAUCCAGAAGUUGCUAAGUAGAGCAGCGAAACUCGUAGUCUGGCAAAAGCGCGAAGUAGUCAACCCCUCCGCUUCCUCCGUUUAUCACCAACUUUUCUUGAUCAGAAAAAAGGAGGAAAACGUGAUCAAGUCGUAAUUAGUUAAAAGCUAAUUAAGCAAACCUCCUGACACCUGACUCCGUGGCCCCAGUGCCAUUUAUUUCUUUCUUUGGACAUCAAAUUAAUCUCAAAUCGGUUUUCCGGAGCAAAGGAAAAACCAACAGGGCGAGGUCUCUCUGGAGUCUGGAGUCGUGACUGUGCGUGCUGACGAAAUUGGAGCAUUUCUUUUGCCUUUCGCGUUUACUGUCGUAAGGUACUGGUAGAUCGAGCUUUCAAUCGGAAAAUAUUGCGGGUGCUCUAAUUGCCAAACGAAUUCUGAUGUUACCGACAAAAUUUGCUUCUUCAAUUUUGGAAAGAACGCAGUUUUUUAUUUUUCUUAAAGCGUUACGGUUUCUAUCUUGUUCGACUUGAGAGUGUGGCUGAGGUUUUUGUGCUGUGGAUUUUGCUGAUCUCUUUCUCAAAUUCGAACAAUUUGGAAUUGGGUAUUUGGCACUGGCUGGAAACAUAUUUUUGGUGCUUUGAAUAGCUUAAUUCAGAAAUGAGUCAAAAGGGGUUGAUUUACAGCUUUGUCGCCAAAGGAACAGUUGUUCUUGCAGAGCACACACCCUACUCUGGCAACUUCAGUACCAUAGCUGUCCAAUGCUUACAGAAGCUGCCAUCAAAUAGCAGCAAGUAUACAUACUCGUGUGAUGGCCACACCUUCAACUUCCUCCUUGACACUGGAUUUGUUUUUCUUGUUGUGGCGGAUGAAUCAAUGGGGAGGAGUGUACCUUUUGUGUUUCUUGAGAGAGUGAAGGACGAUUUUAAAAAGCAGUACGGUGCCAGUAUCAAGACUGAUGGGUCUCAUCCACUUGCUGAUGAUGACGAUGAUGAUGAUUUGUUCCAGGACCGUUUUAGCAUUGCAUACAAUCUUGAUCGGGAAUUUGGACCAAGGCUUAAAGAGCAUAUGCAGUAUUGUAUGAACCAUCCUGAUGAGAUGAGUAAGCUGUCCAAACUGAAGGCUCAGAUUACAGAAGUCAAAGGCAUAAUGAUGGACAAUAUUGAGAAGGUUUUGGAUCGAGGUGAGAAGAUCGAGUUACUUGUGGAUAAAAGUGAAAACCUUCAGUUCCAGGCUGACACCUUCCAGAGGCAAGGGAGGCAACUUCGUCGGAAGAUGUGGCUUCAAAACCUUCAAAUGAAGUUGAUGGUUGGAGGUGCUAUUCUUGUUCUGAUCAUCAUCUUCUGGCUCAUAGCAUGUGGAGGUUUUAAAUGUUGAUUGUUGAUCGCUUUUUGUGGAGGGUAUAACAUUUGGCUUGAAAACAUAUUGUUAUCUGUCCUUUGUAAUGUACAAAGUGUUGGUACUCUGCUGUAUAUUCAACCGCUGAUGGAAUAUUACACUCCUGUUUACUUAUCUAAUAUAUAUGCUAAGCUACUGGUAGCUUUAUUUUUAGCUUGAAA